AUGUCUCUUGUUAAUGAUGGAAAAAGUGAGGCUUCUCAAACUUAUCCUGCUGAGCAAUCUAUAAUUCAAGCUUGGGAACGUCAACAGGAUGUUCACUUGGCUAAUUCUCAUUUGGAUAUGUUAGAUGCUUGGUCUUCAGAUGGUGGUAGCAUUUCUUCAUCUUCCUCUUGCUUUUCUGAUGAUCACUGUAUGGAUCCCGAAAAUCUAAGUUUACCAUCUAUACCUUUGUGUGAACCACCAGAAGAAAAACACCUUAAUUCCAUUAAGGAUACACACAGGUUUUCACAUCCUCAAAAGUAUCCGCUUCAUUACCUCAAAUCUGCUGGUGUUUACACUGGUAAGGAAGUUAUUGACUUGGCUAUCGAUAGGUGGGAGUCGUAUAAGAACCUGUGUCAUCAAGCUCUAUACGUCUUAAGACAACAGCUUGUCGAUGCCUAUAUACCUUAUGCCAUAGAGGAGAGUAAAGCGAGUUCAACCAAACCAGUAUUAAAUAAAGGAAAUACAAUAUGUACUUUAUCAAGUCGUGAUCGACGUAGACAACGUGCUGCUCAAAAAUUGUUGCGUCACUCUGUUAAGACUGCCAAUCAGAGACAUUUAGCUUGUGUAUCUAAAUUUGCUAUAGUUAGUAAUCGUAUAGCAAAAUGGUGUAGGCCACCUAAUGCAAGUCAGCAAUGUCGUUUUCGUGAUCCUACAACAACAACUUGGGAAAAACGUUGUACAAAUGCAUGUGUCCCUCUAUUACCUGUAUGUUCUCAUCAUUUAGUUCAGAUCAGACCUGCACCAGACUACAAUAAAAAUUCACCAAAUGAACAAAUACUAUCUAUUGAUGAGUUAAAUUCAAAUAUCUACAGUGGACAUGUAAAUAUUAAAUCUGAAAAUCCAAUAAUUGAAUGUCAUGUAAAUGGUGAUAAUACUACAGUUGAUGUCAAAUCAUCAAAUAUUUCACCUAAUACAACCAUUUCAAAUCGUAGUUGUAAUCCAUCAUUAUACGGUGAAUUGUCCACAUCAAAUUUUAAUAAAUCAAUGAAAUUUGAUGAUCAUACUACUAAAUCACAAUCUUCACGUUUAAAUCGUAGUAGCAAAGGACAUUCUGAUCAGCCCAGUGUAAGUAAUCCUAUUUCUCCAACUUUGCAAAUUUCACCACAAUAUUUAUUUCGUCGUUGUGGUGGUGGGCCAUCUCAAAAUUGUUCAGAACCGGUCAUUGCAUGGAAUCCUUUUACUCGUUGUAUGUACCAUUCUACCAUCACAUCAGUUUGUACUGACACAACUUCUCUUAUGGAUGUAAAAGCUACCGCAAAAGAUGUAUCAACAUAA